GGUCGCGCAGACGGUCGCGUCUCGCGCGCCGCGGCGUCGGUUGGAGAGGGGAGCCCCUCUCCAGGGCGGCAGCGCCAGGGCGCCCCCCUCGCAGGGGCGCGGGCGGCGGCGCGACGACGGGGAGGCGAGGCGUGGGCGCCGCGGCGUCGCGCGGCUGCCGCGGCCGCGCCAACGAGGCUUCCCACGCGACGGUGGGUCGCGGCGUUCAAGUUCGUGGACCAGGACGGACACCAACGGCUUCAUCUCGAGGGAGGAGUUUACGGUACUGGUGGCCACGGCGCUCUCUUCGACGCCAUCGACACCAGGCGCAAGGGUGUGA